AAUAGUACGCAACGCAACAUUCUCCUCCUAUUCCUACAUCUCUUUCUCUCUCUCUCUCCAUAUGUUAUGUGUAGAUAUAUACGUGCGUGCGAUUUGAUUUGGGCAUUUCUAAUUUAUUUCUCGUUUCCUUUCCUUUGUGUUUUGGUUUUGCGUAGUGAUAGAAAGAUAGAUAGCCUUGUUGCUUCCGCCAUCACUCAUCACCAAUUCAAUGGAAAAGCUCACGCACCUCAAAUCUGCCGUUGCUUCUCUUUCUCAAAUCAGUGAGAAUGAGAAAAAUGGAUUCAUCAACCUCGUCUCUCGCUAUCUCAGUGGAGAAGCGCAGCACAUAGAAUGGAGUAAGAUCCAAACACCAACUGAUGAGGUGGUGGUUCCUUAUGAUACCUUGGUUCCCAUUCCUGAUGAUCCAGCUGAAACUAAGAAGCUUUUGGACAAACUUGUUGUCUUAAAGCUUAAUGGAGGUCUUGGGACAACAAUGGGGUGUACUGGUCCCAAAUCUGUGAUUGAAGUUCGUAAUGGCUUGACAUUUCUUGACCUGAUUGUUAUACAGAUCGAGCAUCUUAAUUCGAAAUACGGAUGCAGUGUUCCGUUGGUUCUGAUGAACUCAUUCAACACCCAUGAUGACACACUGAAGAUUGUAGAGAAGUAUUCCAAUUCAAACAUUGAGAUUCAUACUUUUAAUCAGAGCCAAUAUCCUCGUUUGGUUGUUGAAGAUUUUACUCCAUUACCAUGCAAAGGCCAGCCUGGCAAAGAUGGAUGGUAUCCUCCUGGCCAUGGUGAUGUGUUUCCAUCUUUAAUGAACAGUGGCAAGCUUGAUGCUUUCCUAUCACAGGGCAAGGAGUAUGUGUUUAUUGCCAACUCAGACAACCUGGGUGCUAUUGUUGACUUGAAAAUCUUAAAUCAUUUGAUCAAAAACAAGAACGAAUACUGUAUGGAGGUUACACCCAAAACCUUAGCUGAUGUGAAGGGUGGUACUCUUAUUUCUUAUGAAGGAAAAGUUCAGCUUCUUGAAAUCGCCCAAGUCCCUGAUGAACAUGUCAAUGAAUUCAAGUCAAUAGAGAAAUUUAAAAUUUUCAAUACAAAUAAUUUGUGGGUGAACCUGAAAGCAAUUAAGAGGCUUGUGGAAGCUGAUGCACUGAAGAUGGAGAUCAUUCCAAACCCAAAGGAGGUCGAUGGAGUCAAAGUUCUUCAACUGGAAACUGCAGCUGGUGCAGCAAUUAGGUUCUUUGAUCGUGCUAUUGGUGUCAAUGUACCUCGAUCACGAUUCCUUCCGGUGAAGGCAACUUCAGAUUUGCUACUUGUUCAGUCUGAUCUUUACACCUUAAUCGAUGGCUUUGUUAUCCGGAAUAAAGAUAGAACGAAUCCUGUGAACCCAUCCAUUGAAUUGGGGCCUGAAUUCAAGAAGGUUGGCAACUUCUUGAGUCGAUUCAAGUCAAUCCCAAGUGUCAUUGAUCUUGAUAGCCUUAAGGUGACUGGUGACGUAUGGUUUGGUACUGGUGUUGUUCUCAAGGGGAAAGUGAGCAUUGCUGCAAAACCUGGGGUGAAGUUGGAGAUUCCUGACGGAGCUGUAAUUGAAAACAAGGAAAUUAAUGGCCCCGAAGACAUCUAAGAGUUGCCUGCCAAAGUUUCUGGUAGGGCUUACCCAUGUUGAGUCUUGAAGAUUUGACGUCUGGUUUUGGUCUUGCAAUGGUUAUGCUUGUUGAUAGGAAAUAAAAUACAUGUACUUGGAAGUAUCUGGUUUGUAUCUUGCGGGAGUUCCACCGAGAACUUUACUAUUUGAGCUGUAUGUGAGUGAAACCAGUAUUCUGCUAAUGUUCUAUGACUUUGUUGUCUUCUAUGUACUUUUUCUUAUUAGCAAUUUCACCCUUCCUACUUGGAGUAGGGACAUCAUUUCUCUAUCA